AUGGGGUCGUUCAAAGCGCUCUCUUCUUCUUCGUCGCCUUGCCUCUUCAUUCUCCCUCCUCCUUUCCUCGAAGUCCUCGGUGCCAUCGUGUAUUGUUCUCCUCCACAUCGUUCGGUCCCUGGCAGUUUCUACCCACGAGGACGAGCUGAUGUUGGUCUAUUCUUAUCCAGCUGUGUCUAUUCGUAUCUAUCUAUAUAUCCCUCUAUAUAUCCUAAUCUAUUCAUACUGAUCUAUCUAUCUAUCUAUCUAUCUAUCUAUCUAUCUAUCUAUCUCAGUGUAUUCAUAUCUAUCUAUCUAUCUAUCCGAAUGAUCCUUGGAAUCUGUUUAUUUCACAACGCCAGCCGUCUCUUUAUCUCUCUCGAUUAUGUUUUUAAUAUUCUAACUAUCUAUCUAUCUAUCUAUCUAUCUAUCUAUCUAUCUAUGUCUUCUAUUCAUUAUCUAUCUAUAUAUCUGUGUAUCAUUCUAUCUCUCUAUCUCAUUCUGUACAUACAUAUCUAUCUAUCUAUCUAUCUAUCUAUCUAUUCAUUUAUUCAUACCUUUAAUAUCGCCGAUUUACUUUUUUUUACUUUUACAUAUUGUGAUUCUAUGAUUUCAAAUCUUCCCUUCACAAAGGGUAUUUAUCCUAUAGCGUUUUUUUUUUCUUUCCGGAUAUCUAUCUAUCCAUCACAAUUUCUUUUUAUCCAUCGUCUUUGA